AUGCUUACUCAGGCUGAGCUAUUAGUAAUUGAUGAAGCGGCUGCAAUACCUCUGCCUGUUAUUAAUUCAUUACUGGGGCCUUAUAUGAUUUUCUUGUCAAAAACAGUGAAUGGUUAUGAAGGUACUGGCCGCUCUUUAUCCUUGAAUCUUCUCAGGCAUUUGGAAAAGAAAAACCAAAUAACAGAUUGCAACAAUCCUUCCGGCCUUCCAGGUCCUGUUGACGAAUCACAGAAUGUUUGCAUGGAAGGAAAGAUUUCUCAUAAUUAUGCAUUGAAAUACUUACAAAGAGGUUGCCUGCCACGUGGGAAUCAAAUAAUUCAGAAAUUUUAUGAAGUAGCUAAGGAUACAGACUUUUCCGAUAUCUCAAUUGCACGUGUUGUAAGGAUAGCCGUUCAUCCUGGUGCUUUAAGGGAGGGGUAUAGGUCGGCUGCUUUGAAGCUUUUGACAAGCUACUAUAAAGGAUUUUUAACAAUGGAUCUUGAAGAUGAGCUUGACAAUAUUACAACCAAUGAAGAUCUACCCAUUAUAUAUUCAAGAAAGGUGUCAAUGCAAGAAGAAACUAUAGUUCCUAAACAAAACCUUCCCCCAUUACUCGUUCCUGUUUCUGAACGCUUACAAGAAAGGAUUUUUUACAUCGGUGCUUCAUUUGGACUUACAACUGAGUUAUUCUCCUUUUGGAAGAAACACGAGUUUCUUCCACUGCAUAUUUCUCAAAAUCCAAAUGGGGUUACUGGGGAGCGUAGCUGUAUGGUGCUCAAGCAAUUAAAAGAACACAGAUACUCAAUGGAAUACAGAUUUUCCAAUGAACUUUACAAACAUUUUAGCAGCAAGUUCAUCCGAAAUAUUCCUCAUUUUUUCCGAGAUCUUGACUACAAGCUUGUUUUGAACAUAUUGAACCCAAGUUUGUCUCGUCUUCUAUCCAUGAGGCCUGAAGAAUCGGAAAGCUCAAAAUCACUUAUUGAAUCUGCUGAUUUUAACCAACUGGAAGCAUACAUAAAUGAUAAUUUUGAUUACAAAGAGGUCUUCCAUAUUGCAACUACCCUUGCUCAGAACUACUUUAAUGGAAAAUAUGCAAUAUCGUUACCCGAUUUUGAAGCUUCUAUUUUAUUAUCCAUUGGCUUGCAACUCAAAGAUUUAUCAAGUCUUGAGGGUAGUCUGAAGUUAGAAAGUUCACAGAUCAGGACAAAAUUCUACAAACUGAUGAAGAAAUUUUAUGAGUAUUUAAAGGAAGAACUAAUGAAAAAGAUCAGCUCAAGCUUUCCUUCUCGAUCUAGGGAGGUAAAAAUGAACCCGCAUGAUAUUUCAGUUGACGACGACCUCAAUGAUGGAGCCAGAAAAGUAUAUAAUGGUUAUGGGAAAUCAAUGGAAGAUGAAAAUGUGGGAUGGCAAGACAAUUCCAAUGGAAACAGAGGAAAUGAUUUUCAAAACCACAGAUAUUCUUCACCGAGUAACCAUAUGGGGGUCUGCUCGCCAUCUUAUUGUAAUGAGAAUAGUAAGCAAAGCUCAAGUCCCGUGAUGGUUUCUAAGAAUAAAAGAAGAGCCACAUGUAGUACUCUAAAUAGUUCCACUAGUGAAAAAAAAAAAAGAAACUUCCAAUUCUAUGAAUAGUUCUAAGAGAAAAAGAAAGCAUUUCUAAAGUUUUGUUGAAGCUUUCAUCUCACCUUUUAUUUAUUUAUUAUUUUCAACAAUUCUAAAUUAUGGUUAAUUAUGUAUUAGAUUAGUAUUGUUAGUUCUCAAAAUUGUUUUUUGUUUUUUUUUUUUUUUUAUGGAUUUGUAUGUAAAUAGAAUACUAUUUCACUAAUAGUACGAAAAAGAAAAAUUCUUAGAGCA